ACUAUCAUUAUCAUUACUUUUUAUGUUCAUAUUAGUGUUUUAUGCAAAUACCUAAAACAACUAUCUAGUUCACCCCACUUCCACAUUUAUUUAUGAAAUCAUUUUUAUAAUAAACACUGAGACAUCAUAAAAACUAUUUUAUUUUUAAAAAUACUGUGUUAGUAGCUAUUUACUGGUUCUACUACUCUUAAUUCCAUAACUACAACAAAUAUUGACAAACUAUUGAAACUCUGCACAUCUUGUAUGGAAUAAGCUUGAUUAAAAAACAAUUAUUUAAUUAUUAUUAUUGUCGUUGUCGUUCUACAUGUCUGAUAAUUAUUAGCAAUUUAUUCACUGUGCAUAAUUUAAAUCGUAACAAGUGUAUUCCGAAUGUCAUCACAUCAUUUUAUGAAACUGGCAAACAUUCAUUUCAAUACAACAAUUAUUAUUGCUACUAUUACGGCUGCUAUUAAUAUCACUCUUUUUAUUUGUUCAAUCCAUAUUUAACACUAACAGAAGCAUUCCAAUGUCCAAUGUAUCAAACAGUAUAAUUGUAUUCGAAACUCCGAUGAUGAUAUUCAACACAGACCAAAUGUUUUAACGUAUUUAAACUUCUGUUGAGUUACAAUUUUUUUCUUGUACCAAUUUUUAAUACUGAAAGCAGAAUUUAAAAAUUAAAAUCUUUAAAAAAAUCGAUAAAUUGAAACUAAACUCAUGAUGGAUGUAAGUGGUACUGAUCCACGAACAAGAACUGGAUUAUUUUUAUGGCCAUGGGCAAGUUAUCCUGCUGUUGCAGCAAAUGCUGCUGUCGGUGCACAUGCACAACCAAUUAUGAUGGGUGCAAAUGCUGGAGCAAUGAAUGCUAUGCCUGGUUCUAAUAUGUUGAAUGUAUCAUAUACAGGUUCUGGAUCUGCUACUAUACCUGGAAUGAUUGAAGAUCCAUUUGAAAGUUUUUGUCAACGAUUCUCUUAUACUGGUGCACAUGCAGCGCAUAUGUCACAUAUACUUCCACAUCAACAUGUUGGAUUAAGUGAAACACGUCAUUUAUCACAAGAUCAUGAAACAAGUGAUAAUAAUGAUGGUAAUCGUCAUCCAAAUCAUUCACCAUCUAUAAAUCAUACACGUGCACAUAUUACUUCACAUCGUCUGCUUUCUGUUCAACCUCGUGGUAAUAUUAAUCAUUUGCAUCAAGACACUAACAACACAAAUGGAUUAAAUGACCAAUUAAACGAUCCCAGUAAUAAUACUAAUAGUAAUCCAACAGCCGGUUCGAACAGUCAUGCUGCAGCGAUCGCUGCUUUUGCAUCGGCUGCAGCUAAUUCUGCUAUAAUGGGUGCAAAUGAUCCAACUUUAGGCAAUUCUAAUGGUUUAUCUUUAUCACAUGGUAUACAAGUACCGCGUCAUGUACAGUCUAGUUUACGAAAUUCCAAUACAAAUGAAAUGGUUUUAGAUAACUUAUGCAAUGGUUUUGCAAAACCUAGUCAUUUUUCAACUCAACUACAAUCAAGUGUAACAAAUGCUUUAAAUAGGCAGCAAUCAGCGAUCACCUCGGUGAAUUGUAAUAAAUUACAAACGGAUACAAUAACUCCGUAUAAUUUACACUGUCACCAUUUGAAAAAUCUAGGUAAUCCAGCAGCUGUUGCUCUAGCCGCUGCCGCUGUAGUUGGUGGAAGUGGUGGUGGUGGCGGUGGUGUUGUCGGCGGCUGUGUUGGUACAAUUGAUCAUUCACAAUUUCAAACAACAUUGAACAACGAAAUUCGCGAUAAUUCAACACCUACAAGUAAUAAGCAUUUGGAUGAACAAAGUUCAACUAGUAAUAGUAAUAAUAAUAAUAAUAGUAGUAAUAACACAAGAAGGUCGAAUUCAAAUAAUGAUAGUUAUUCGAUUUCUCAUGGACAACAACAACAAUUUAUGUUUUCACCAAAAAGUCCUCUUUCUGAUUCAUUGGAAAAUCCAAAUAAAAGUGAAUCAAAUACAGGUAUUGAUCAUACAACACAUAAAUCAAAUCGUGGUAAUACAAAUUUAUUGAAUAAAAACAAUAGUCGAUUAUUGUCUGGACCACAACAAGAUCGGAUUAAUAAUUUAAUUUUUAGAAAUUCUACUUUAAGAGCUACAGAAUGUUCACCGGAAUCCACAAAUACGAUAGCACCAGAUCGACAUUCAUCAGAUAUGGUCAUGGAUGAUGUAUUAACAAGUCAAAGAGAAGAUAAUAAUACAACUAACAAUAAUGUCACAAGUAGUAAUAACAAUAGUAAUAAUGGUAAUGUACGAGUAGAAUCAAGAUUUCUCGGGAUAAAUCAAGAGGAAAAUCUAUCAAUUAAUGGUAUAUGUAAUGGUGAAGGUUCUUUAUCAUCCAUACUGUCUGUUCCAAAUGGUCAUACUCCAUAUCAUCCUCCAGCUAAAGGUUACAAAUGUAAAAUUUGUCAACAUGUAUGUUUUUCACGUCAUGAUUUAUCUGCUCAUAAUGCCGCCACUCAUAAACAAGAUCCUCGACCGUAUAGAUGUGAACAAUGUGGUAGACAAUUUUCAACAUGUGCCUAUCUAUCACAACAUAGACGUAUUCAUACCGGUGUGAAACCGUACGCAUGUCGUUAUUGUGAUCGUCGUUUCACUCAAUUAAGUCAUGUACAACAACAUGAAAGAAUACAUACAGGUGAAAAACCAUAUCGUUGUACAACAUGUAUGAAAAGUUUUACACAAAUGUCUAAUUUACAAUCACAUCAACGUCAACAUAUGAAAGGUAAACCAUAUCGAUGCGAACAGUGUUUCAUGUCAUUCGAUACAAAAGAAGAAUUAGAUGUACACGUUCAAGCAAAGCAUUCGGGUAACCGAUAUGCGAAGGUGAGUAAAAAAGUAUUAGUCUGUCCAAUAUGCACGAAAAAUUAUAAUUCUGAAACAUAUUUAGCAAAACAUGUGGAUCGUCAUAAAGAGGCUGCUGCUACGGCUGGUAUGGACGGAAAUGGUUCAAACACUAAUAAUGGUAACAAUAGCAAUAACACUAAUCGUAAUAAUAACAACAAUAGUAAUAAUGUACGGAACCAAACAUGUGUGGAUAAUCUAUUUGCUGCUGGUUUCCAUAAUCAUUCAGUUGCAAUGGCUGCCGCUGCUGCGUCAGCACUUAGUCGAGGAAAUAUGAUUGAGUCAGGUUCAGGUUCGCAUAUAACCGGUAGCCGUCAUUCACAUGGGAGUGGAGGAGCAGGCGGUGGCGGUAAUAUUCAUUCACACAAUCCACACCCUUCUGCUGCUGCUGCCGCCGCUUCGGCGGCUGCGGCGGCUGCUGUCGCUGCAGCUCAUGCACAUCAAGAUUUACAUCUACGUGCUGUAGCGGCCGCGGCUGUAGCGAGUGGUAAUGGAGUAGUUGGAGUUGGUGUUGGCAAUCGUAGUGGUGUUAAUGGUGUUAGCCUUGGUAAUGGUGAUAUUGAGAAUCCAUGCGCUUUUUUUAGUCCAAAUGUAAUAUGUUCCAGUGAGACACGAGUGACUAGUUCUAAUGAGUGUGAUUUAUUACAUAAUAAAUUAAAUUAUAGCUCAAUGUCCAGUGCUGGAUUAUUUCAUCAUUUACCGGUAGGAGGUGUCCAUGAUUCAAAUGUUGAACAUUUAACCGCUGCAGCUGUAAUUGAACAACAACAGCAACAACAACAGUGUCUUGCAUCACAUCGUCAUCAACAAGGGACACAUUUUACUACAGAUGAUAAUCAACAUAUAAAUUCGUUUAAUCAUUCAAAUAUCAUGAAUAAUAUAUCAUCAAAUCAUCAUUCACAAUCUCAACAACAAUAUAAUCAUCAUCAUAAUCAUCCUCAACAACAGCCACAACACCAACAACAUAUUCACACGAAUCAACGUAAUCUUCAUUCAUCGUCGUCCUCCUCAUCAUCAUCCUCGUCAUCAUCAUCUAAACGACAGUCUAAUAUGAAAUCAUCUUUAUCACCGCAAUCAAAUCAUCGUUAUACUGAGUCACCAGUAACAAAUGAUUCACAAACUCAACAACAUUUACUUAAUUUAACACAACAUCAUUUGACAACUACAAAACAUCUUUGUUCUUUAUCAAUUGAGCCGUCGACGGUUGUGGCAUCAUCAAUGGAUUGUUAUAUUUCAACUCGGACUACUUCAACAACACCACCGAAAAAAAUGACAGCAGUGACCAAUGGUACUAAUAAUGCUGCUACUACUUCUACCACUAGUACUACUACUACUGCUAAUACUACUCAACAACAUUCACAUAUUCAUGCAACAAUAAAUAAUAAUAAUAAUAAUAGUAUCAGUAACAAUGGUAAUAGUGGUGAUGAUACCAUUCAUAUCAAACAUUCACAUAAUGAAUCAAUGUCGUCACAGCUUCUACCGCCUCCGGCUCACCAACAUUGUUUACAACCGACUCAAACUAAUCAUUUGACUGGAUCUCAUACAUUUGUAGAAGGGGUUGAUAAUAAUGGUAGUAACGAUAGUAAUAAUAAUGAAAAAUUAUCGGAAACCUCGAAUUCUACGACCAAUAGUCACUCACAACAUUAUCAUCAUCCUCAACAACUACGUAUUGGAUUAUCACAAGCUCAUUCCAAUCAAACAUUAUUACAUAAUCAUGUAAAUAAUAACUAUUCAUCAGCACCAACAUCACCAGGUGUAUUCAAUUCAACAGGUGGUGGCUUGUCAACAUCAUCAUCGGAUAAUAUAUCAACAUUUGAAGAAUUUAGUCAAAGUUUAGUGAAACUUGAUCAUAGAGAUUCUAUCAGUAAGUGGUUUAAUAAUGAUAGAAUUAAAGAUAUCAAUAAUAAUGUAGUAACUAGUAGUAAGAAUAACAAUAGCAACGAAGUCAAUUAUUGUGAUGACAAUCAUGAUGAUAAUGAUGAUGAAAUGGAGCACAUGAAUGAAGAUAACCAUGAAUCACUCAUUAAUGUAAUCAACAAUGAUAAUGUUAACACUUCAACAAAUAAUAAUAACAAUAAUAGUAUUAAGAAUGAUAUUAAUACAUCUAAUCUUAUGUAUGACUUUUUAUUUCAUGGAAAUUCAAAUAUUGAUGAUAAUGAACAAAGUGAAACAAUCAAUAAAUCAAAUCACCAUAUAGAAAUUAUUGAUACCCAUGGGGUUGAACGCGAAGAACAGCCCGACACUGUGACCGAUUGUGUUUUGAAUUACGAAAAUCAUUUGAGUAAAGCUGAAGAAAUCAUAUUUAAUGUUGAAGAAUCUCCACUUAAUGAAAAUCAGGUCUGUCAACCUAUAUCAUCAUCAGUGUCAGGAACAAAAUCAAUAACAACGGGAUCACGAUCAUCACCAAUUUCAUCGCAAAUUUUAACACAACGACUAAUAACAUCCGUGGAGACCAAAUCAUGUAAUGGUAACCUUCAUAAUGGGAUACCGCUAUCAAGGUCAUCAUCGUCAUCAUCAUCAUCAUUAUCAUCACCAGGAAUCGAGCCUAUUAGAACUGAUGAUGUGACUUCAAAUACAUUGAAACAUGGACAGUAUACUUGUCAGUUAACCAGUGACAAUAGUGAACGUAAUGCACUUGAUAAUGAGUCUAUGUUAAAUCUUCAACAUGAAUCAUCUAACUUACAUGACGUCAAUGAAACCGAUGAUCAACAUAUUAUGUCUAAUAAAUUAAAAUCAAUCGAUAUGGAACAAUUAUUCCCCAGUAAUAAUGAUAAUAAUAACGAGGACAUAACUAAUUUAGAUAACCUUAACAUUAAUGACAAAAUUAUCUGUGAGAAUUUACAACUGAAUAAUAACACUGAUACAACUCUAAUGAAUCAUCGUUCAUUGAAACGUAGUUUAUCCUCAAACGACAAUUACCAACAUAAUCGUUUGAAAAAUCGUCAUCAUCAAACAGAAAGUCAUGAUAUGGAGAAUGGUGAUGAAUUCUUGACUAUAUCAUCAUCAUCAUCGUUACAUCAUAAGCAUCAUAAUAUUAUCAAUAGUAGUAAUGAGAAGAAUUCAAUGAACAUGUUAUCAUUAACAUCACCAGCGAAUAUAUGUGAUGUAAAUAAUGUUGAUCAUGAUGGUGAUGACGAUGAUGAUGGUGAUGGCGAAGAUGCAGAUAAUGACAUUGAUGAUAAGAAUACUGUUUUUGAUGAUAAUGACAAUGUUGAUAUUAAUCAAAAAACUGUUGUAAAUAAAACCAAUGAAAAUAAUAACAAUGAUACUGUCGGUUGUAAUGUUGAUGAUCAUCUACAAGCAAUGUAUCAUUUAAAAUCAGAGUUCAAUGAUCAAACUCCAUUUUAUUUAGGUGAAAAAAGUCAACCAGAAGAAACUGUAGAUCAGAACUCUUCUUUAUCGUCAACAGUUAUAGAAAAACAACAUUUAGAAACAAUCAAUUCUAGUAAACGAAGACGUCGACAUCAGUACACACCACAACAUUUGCCUGUGUUUGAAUUGAACACAAAAGAUACAAUAGAAAAAUGUAAAAAUAAUAAUACUAACAGUACUACUACUACUUCUACCAAUACUAUUAGUAAUAAUAACAAUAGUAAAAAUGCACAUGCUACAGUAAUUGCAGGCUGUUUUACAAAUCGUCGUAAUAAAAAUGGUCAUAGUAUUUUAGAAAAUGGUGAUAGCAAAUGUUUAAAGAAAGAAAAAUUAAAUGAUAAACCCAAUACAAUAGAUAACAAUAAUUUUAACAAAGAUGAUGGUAAUCUUAGUAGUAAUGAUACUAAUAAUAAGUCAACGAAUAGGGAAUGUUAUUUUCCAGCUUUUUAAAUAACAUUUGUUUAUUUUUAUUGACAUGAAUAGAAGAGACUGUACAGUUUGAUUGAUAUAUGAGAGUUUCAGUUCUUGAGAAUAUUUACUAAUUGUUAUCUCAAUUCAAAUUUUAAACAUUCUAAUAUAUAUAUAUAUAUACGCUGGUUUUGCUUUAGAUUACAAAACAGAUGACCCCCUUUCCACAAACCCCAUACUUUUUUAACGUGCUACUCUAUUCAUUUUUCUUUUAUUCACUAAAAUCAUCGAAUAUCCCGGUCAUAAAUAUGCUUUUUUGAUUCGUCUUAUAGAUUAUUAUUGUUGUUAUUAUAAACGUUAAUAAGACUUUAUGUCAUACAAAAAGAUAUUUAAAUAGAACUUUCUUACAUAUUUCAAAGGUGGGGACAGUUUUUUUUAGUUAAAGUAUACUACUCAUCUAUGUUUAAGUAGGUCAACGAACAAUGUAAAAAAUAUCACUGCUUGUCAGUACAUUUAAUUGUGAUUUGGUUUAUCAUCAGUUUUAAUCCCUAUUUUCACAUAUUCAUGCGCAUAUUUCAGAAUUAUCAAUAAAACAAAUGAAAAUUAAUGGGAAUUAUUUUUUCAUAACCUUGAAUAAACAAACGAGUUAUUACUGUUAUUGUUCUUAUUAUUAAUAUCAUCAGAUUAUUAAGUUUCAUCAUACCUCAUUUCAUAAAUAAUUAUUUAACUAAUAGUGUAACAUAUUUUUUGUUCAUUUUCAUGACAUUACGCAUACACAUUAUACCGGUAUUUCAUUGAACUAACAACGUAUGGUACUUUUGUGCACUUCACCAAAUUUGAAAUAUAAAUUAUUUUUAAAGCAAAAUAUAGUUUAUCCUUUAUACGUUCAACCGAAAUUGGAAUUGGCUGAAAAGUGAAGAAAUGAAAGUCAUAAAAUUUUGGAUAAGAUUUGAGAAGAUUAAAUGGAAAUAGAAAAAGAACUCCAGAACAAGGAAUAAUAAGGAAACUUGACCCUUUCUCUCUUUGCAAAAUGACAAAUAAAAAAGGUAUUAUUUAAGAGAAAAGAUCUAUCAUAUUUUUCUACGCUUCAUUUCAUAUAUAUA